AUGGGCAGUCGAGCUUACGCACUGAAAAUGGCUGAGCUGCUUGACCCUGAAAAAGAGUACUUCUUCACCUCCACCUGCAGUUCUAAAAUAACAUCGCUUGAUGAUCAUAGCUCCCCAGGACAAAAGAAGUGUCUAAAUCUUGUGCGCGGCUGUCAAAAUUCUAAUGUCUUGAUCCUCGACGAUAUAAGAAACGCAUGGACAAAGAAAAAUCAGGACAAUUUGAUAGUAAUGCAAAAGUACUAUUUCUUCAAAUCCACUUGUCAUCUCAAUAAUGUUACCGGUCAAUCUCAUGCCGAGUUAAGGACCGAUGAAAGCGGUUAUCUUGAACACAUUCUUCGGUGUCUUCAGGGAAUCCACGAUAUCUGGACCAACAAUCCUAUCGACAUUGAUGUAAGGCAGGUGUUAAAAAUUCUUCGGAAGCGGGUGUUGAAGGGGUGUGUGAUUGUUUUUAACUCUCAUAACACUAAUCUGCGGAAAAUGGCAGAGGAGUUGGGAGCAACUUGUUCAUCACGAGCGGAUGCAUCAUCAGUCACGCAUGUGGUUGCAAUAAAUGCUCGAACGAAGAAUGAUCUUCUGGCACUGAAGAACAAGUUUUUGGUCUGCCUACAGUGGAUUGAAGCUGCGAGUUACUUGUGGGAAAAACAACCUGAACAUAAGUUCUCCAUCUUCAAUUAA